UGGCAACAUAUUUAGUGAAUGACACAUUUUGCUAAUCGUAUCUCCUACAAUCUCUGAAAUAAAUUGUUAUAUUUUUUUAAAUAAUGGUGGAUCGCUUAGUGAAUAGUGAGGCAAAUGCAAGACGAAUUGCUAUGGUGGAAAACUGCUUCGGCGGUUCAGGGCAGCCACUUGCAGAGCAAGGUCGCGUCCUUGUGGGCGAGGGUGUCCUGACAAAGAUGUGUCGUAAAAAGCCAAAAGCUCGACAGUUCUUCCUUUUCAACGAUAUACUCGUUUACGGAAAUAUUGUCAUAAACAAAAAGAAAUACAAUAAGCAACAUGUCAUACCGUUGGAAGAAGUUAAGCUGGAGUCACUAAAGGAUGAAGGACAAUACAGAAACGGCUGGCUGAUCUGCACGGCGUCCAAGUCGUUCGCAGUGUACGCCGCGACGGCCACAGAGAAAGAAGAGUGGAUGGCGCACAUAGAGAAAUGUAUAGAGGAUCUUCUGAGGAAGAGUGGCAAACAACCGCCGUCGGAGCACGCGGCCGUGUGGGUACCCGACAACGAGGCAUCCAUCUGUAUGCACUGCAAGAAGACACAGUUCACCGUCCUCAACAGGAGGCACCAUUGCCGCAAGUGCGGCUCAGUAGUGUGCGGGCCGUGCUCGUCGAAGCGCUUCGUGCUGCGCGGCCAGAGCGAGAAGCCGCUGCGCGUGUGCCUGCAGUGCUACGACGAGCUCAACCGCGAGCGCGCGCGCCCGCCCAACGCGCCCGCGCCGCCCGCCGCCAUGCCAGUGAAACCGAUGAGCGACAACGCCGGCUCGGGCGGCGACUCGUCCGCCGACGACGACAGCGACGACGACGACGACAGGCCCAGCGCGGAGGAGAAACACGACGAGGGUUUUACAAGUUAUAACGGUGUCAAAAAUGGAUACGGAAAUAAAGUCACGACUGUAUAGUACAAACUUGAGAAUGUCCAAAGUUCUACGGUGACGGUGAUAAGACUGAAGAGACCAACAACCAUUCGUCCAAGGAGUCGGCCAAGUGAGGCGCGAACACCCGCUGUCCAAUACAGGUCUAAUAUAGGGAUUGUAUAACUUUAUACAAACUUUUUCGAUAAUGUUUUAGGCGUUAUACAGCGUGUAUAAGUCCACGAAGUGCAUAGAGAUCACGAAUUAAGAACUAUACAGGGUUUCUUAAUCAGUGCUUAUAAUUACCGAAACGUCAAUGGUACAAUAUUAUUAGGUACUUUUAUGUCCAAUCUAUGUCCUAAAAUAAAAGAAGCAUAUAAAUUGUACCAUGAUGUUAUGUUAUAUACAACCUGAAUUCUGAACACCUUACGUUCUGCGAUUUACGAAUAUAAAGAUAUCUUUUGUGUCUUUUAACUUUGCAGGGAAACUACAAAAAUAUCUCGAAUUUAUAAAGGCAGUGAAACAAUAUUGCUAGACUAAGACACCCUGUAUAGAUGAAUGUAAGAAGUCAUCUAAAUAUUUAUGAUCAGGUCAAAUUAUCUAACUUAUUAAUGAUUUUAUUAUAAUCUUGGCAUAAGUGGUUCCUGUUUUUUGUGCACUUCCUCGAUGGCACUCUGUUAUUGUUUAUAUUAUUUCUAACCAACACUCACCACGAAUGCCUUCUAAAACUUUUUUUACUCUAUUUAGAAACGUACUAGGUUUUUAAAUCCACGAUUUUAGUAAAAUAAAACCUAAUUUUGGGCAGACUUUGCGGUAAUCGCGAGUAUCCUUUGGGUAUGGUUUGCAGACAGCUUUAAAUACGCUCAAACGUAAACCGAGGGCUUUGAUUUUUCUUUUCGUAUUUUGUUUUGGGCCGUCCUCUGUGCUGAGCGAUAUCUUGCGAUGGCCACACUUUGUUAUAAAGCUAAGAACUCAUAGAGUGGUUUUCAUCCACAGCUGUUA